GGCAUGUGGCGCGGCAUCGGCGAGGUCAUGUGCCGCCACGACGACCUGACGACGCUGCUCCAGGAGAACGAGACGCCCUGCAUGAACCACGUCGCGCUCGAGCCCAUGUACGAGUUCUGCGUCAAGCACGGCCUCAACUGCAUGAUGCACCAGAACGCGGACCGCACGGCCAAGGUCGAGUCCAACGGCUUCUACGAGUACCAGUUCGAGAUGGAGCAGGUCCUCGAGAAGUUCCCCGAGCUCAAGCUCGUCUGGUGCCACGCGGGCGUGUCGCGGCGCACCUUCGAGCCGAACCACCACGAGAUGCUCGACGAGCUCAUGGACAAGUACCCGAACCUCACCGCGGACAUCAGCUGGGUCGUCUGGGAGCUCACGAUCUGCGGCGAGGAC